AUGGCGACGCCAAAGCGACGGAAGGUCGAGACAUCUGAGGGCUCAAGGCCAAUGAGCGCAUUUGCUUUGAGACAACAAUUGCUUUCAGCGAGCCCGUCCUUGUCUCCAGCACCUCAAGCCGAAUCUCAGCCGGCCCCUGAUGCCCAAGUAUCAACUCCCACGCCCACACCCAAAGCACGGUCUCCCGCGAAAGGAAGAUCCUCAAAAAGGGUCGCCUCUACCGAGGAUGAAGCAAUCCAGCACACGCCACAGACGAAGCCGGGGCAGAGUGCAUCUGCGCCAAUAGCAGGAGCGACAGAAUCCAAGUAUAACCUCUCCACCUCUAGCCCUACGGCAGAUCCUGACGAGAUCAACCCGUCAAAGAUUGGAACUCAGCAGUUCUCGACGUUCAGGCCGAGUAAGAGCAACUCCCGCAGAGUGGCAGGAGGCAUUCUAGAGCUGAGACUUCAUGACAGCGAGCGUUUCCUGGUGCUCGGAAGCUAUGGUAUCAAGGUCCUCGAUGGUGAGAUCACUAUAGCAGGGGCGAGCGUUCGACCUCCAGACGGCAUCAAAUGGGUUCAUGCCCCUCACUGCCAUGCGAUCCCCGUGCUGCGCUGCUCGGAGGAGACUAGACUUGAACUGCAUCCUCAUCCACAGGGUGCAAGUCUGCGCAAGCUUGAACGGCUUUCGCCUCUCUUCCGAAGUUUGUGGCAUGAGCCUGAGGGCAAAGCAAGCAAACGAGGCGCAAAGACCGAUACCUACAGGAUUAUUUGUACCUCUGAAGACGCGCCGAAGCGAGCUCUGAUCCAAGAUCUGCGAUCGCAUCCCGCCUGGAACAAGAAAUUGGCGGGGCUAACGAAGGCGAAACCAGACCAGCCUGCCCUCAGCGUGAUGCUUUGCGGCCCCAAAUCGUCCGGCAAAUCCACUUUUGGCCGUAUACUGGGAAACCGGCUGCUCACGGGCGCUGGCCAACAGACUCGAACCCGGAAAACACCACCAUCAGUCGUUGUGAUGGAGCUAGAUCCCGGGCAGCCAGAGUAUACUCCGGCAGGUACAAUUGCCUUGGUUCAGGUCAGAGAACCCAACUUGAGUCCAUCUUUUGCCCGCAUUGCGGCGAACGAGCAGGAUGUGACCGUUAUGAGAUGUCACUCAAUAGCUUCGGUAUCACCUGCCUCUGAUCCAGAGCUGUAUCUGGAGUGCGCACUCGAUCUGUUUCAACGCUAUCAAGACACAUGUAAAGGGCUGCCGUUGAUCAUCAACACCCCGGGUUGGGUCUUGGGAACAGGACUGGACCUACUAAGUGAGCUCGUCUCGACGAUCAAGCCAGCCGACGUCAUUUACAUGUCCGAAGACGGCCCUAGGGAGACCAUCGAAGGCUUGCAAGCGGCGUGUAAGACGGCCUUUACGCUGCUUCCCUCGCAGCAGUCAGAAUUCACUUCUAGAACCGCGGCACAUCUACGUUCGAUGCAGGCGUUGGCGUAUUUCCACACCAAGAGAAACCCGUCGAAUCAGCUGCUGUGGAACCCUACUCCGCUUUCAUCAUCGCCUCCUUUGAUGGUCGGCUACAAGGGGAAGAACCGCGGCAUCACUGGGAUCAUAAGUUAUGAGUACCAACCGCCGGCAGACCUUCUCGCAGAGACCAUCAACGGGUCUAUCUUGUGUCUAGUCGAGACCGAGGAUGUCAGGGCAUUCACUCGUCUAGCUAGAGAGAGCAUUGACUCUUCCGCUGUGACAUCAGGCGUUGACGUGAUGGACGUUGAUGGUGUCGCGUUGGACUUGGAGGCAAUUAUCGCCAGGACGCCUGAGGGAAUCCCUUAUAUCCCAAACACCGAUGCCCAAACUCUGGAUCCACGAUACGCGCAAACACUGGGCCAGGUGCUAUUGCGAGGCAUCGACACAAAGACUGGCGCACUCCAGAUCCUCACACCCAUUCCCCUGGAACGCAUCGAAGCAGCCAAAGCAGCGGGCCGUCACUUGUUGCUAGUCCACGGCAAGCUCGACUCCCCCGGCUGGGCGUACAGUGAAGACUUGUACUACCAGUCUUUCAACGGCAGUGAUGUAGACAACUACAAGUAUGACACGGUGGAAGUCAUGGACGAGGACACUGAGAGCGACAAGUCAGACGAGGAGCCCGAAAACCUCGAGCUUGCUGGCGACAUUAGCGACACGCCGUGGAUCGAGGUCCUCCAGGGCCACGAGAAGCGUCCCGUGGGGUCGAGGGGAACGCCAGAAUGGGGCGGCUUGCAUCCACAUUUCGAGAUGAAGUGCAGCCCGAUGCAGUGUGGCAGUCCAUUCAGGGCGGCCGCAUUACAAAUCCCUGCAUUGGGGAUUUACCCCACAUCCCCCGAUGACGUCCAAAGUAAGGUCGACGUCCUCAUCAUUGGGGCUGGCCCUGCUGGGCUUAUGCUGGCUCUCUGGUUAUCCAGACUCGGUGUGAAGACCCGUAUUGUUGACAAGAGGACCGCCAAGGUCUACUCUGGCCAAGCAGAUGGUUUCCAAGUGAGAUCCCUCGAGAUCCUAGACAGCUUCGGCGUCGCAGAGCGCGUGUGGAAAGCAGCAAACCGCAUGCUCGAGGUCAGCUUCUGGAACCCGGACGAGAACGGCACAAUCCAGCGCAGCGCAAAAUCAGUAAACACAAUCCCAGGCCUGUCCCGCUUCACCGAAUCCGUCCUGCACCAGGGGCGCAUAGAGCAAUUCUUCAUCGACGGCAUCCGCGCCUCGUACCCGUCCAACGAGACGCCACUACAGGUCGAGCGCAUGGUCAUCCCGACCUCGCUCGAGAUCGACGAGGCCGCGGCCGAGGAUCCGGAUCCGGAGGCGCAUCCUGUGACGGUGACGCUGCGGCACUUGACGGAGGAGGAGGCGACGCCGACGCAGAUGCUGAGUAAUCUUAGCGAUGGCAUUUUCCGGAGUAACUUGGCUGACGACGAUGUCGCGGGGAUCUUGGAUAGGUCCAAGGGCCGUGAGGCGAGGGAUGAGGUUGUGAGGGCCAAGUAUGUUGUUGGCUGUGAUGGAGCGCAUUCGUGGACUAGAAAGGCGCUGGGGAAGGAGUUUGAGAUGAAGGGGGAGAGUACUGAUGCCAUUUGGGGUGUGAUGGAUAUUGUUCCCAUUACCGACUUCCCCGAUAUCAGGUUCCGGACCAUGAUCCAGAACACGGCCGGCGCACUGAUGAUCAUUCCUCGCGAGAACCGGAUGGUUCGUCUCUACAUCCAGCUGAAGGAGGUCUCAGCCGGAGGCGGCCGCGUCGACAGGUCGCAGAUCACGCCAGAGAUCAUCUUCAAGUCUGCGCAGAGAAUCUUUAGCCCAUACAAGCUGGAGUACCACUACUGCGACUGGUGGACGGCCUACCAAAUCGGUCAGCGAACAGGCGACCACUUCAGCAAACUCAACCGCGUCUUCCUCGCGGGAGACGCCGUGCACACGCACUCCCCGAAAGCCGGCCAGGGCAUGAACAUCUCGAUGCAGGACAGCUACAACCUCGGCUGGAAGAUCGGCCUCGCGUGCAAGAACAUUCUCCCCCGCGACGUCCUCUCGACGUACGAGCUCGAGCGCAAAAAGAUUGCAAAGGACCUCAUCGCCUUUGACGGCAAGUUCUCCAAGCUCUUCACGGGUGCGCCGCCAAAGGACAUCCAGAGCGAGACGGGCGUGUCGGACGACGUGUUCCAGAAGGCGUUCCAUACGAGUCGGAUGUUCACGACCGGCGUCGGCGUAAACUACCAACCAACAGUCCUCGUCGCCAAAGAAGCAGACGCAGACACAGAAACCGAAGACGACUUACCAAACACCCUCACAAAGAGCGCCGCGAAAAGCACCCAAUCCCUCGCCACCAAUUGCAAACUCGGCCAGCGCUUCCCCUCCUACAAGGUAAUCCGCCAGUCCGACGCCCGCCUCUGGGAACUGCACCACAAGCUCCCCUCCAACGGGCGCUUCCGCCUCGUAGUAUUUGGCGGCGACAUAUCCCAACCCGCCCAGCGCGACAAGGUCAAUGCCCUCGGCGCGUGGCUGUUGAGCUACCUGCCCAAGCUGCCGACCAUCGCGUUAGGUCCCGCGUCGGAUCCGCAUAGCGGGCUGAUCAAGUUCAAGACGGACGCGGAUCCGAGCAUUGUUGAUGUUGUGCUCGUGCACUCUGCGCCGCGGGACGAGGUUGAUUUGCUAAGGGACGUGCAUGAGGCGUAUCAUCCGUUUGAUAGUAAGCUUGGGUGGGAUUAUGACAAGGUGUUUAGUGAUGGUAAGACGUUUUAUGAGGAGCCGGAAAGGGCGUAUGAGAAGUAUGGAAUUGAUUCGGGCAAGGGUGCUGUUGUUGGGCUGCGACCGGAUGGGUAUGUUGGGCUUGUUACUCCGGUUGGUCAUGAUGGGGCGGAGCAGAUUCAGAAGUGGUUUGAUGGCAUCUUUCAAAGAUCAUGA